AUGGAGCCAAGCAUACCCAUACCAGCCUACCCAUACCCUUGCCUCAUCCACACCACAACAGCCACAUCUCUAUCCACAGCACUACCAAUAACAACCCUCUAUCUAAUCGGCGUCGCCACAGAAUCCUUCGAAAAGGAAAAGGGUCGUCUAGAACUCUCCUCUGUCGACCUAACCGACAUCAACAACCCGAUCAUCCAGCUCCUCGAAUCUGAAGUCGAUCCUGAACACUGGACGGCCUUUGCUCCAAAACUGUGUGCGCAUUAUGCGGGGAGUGUCUUUCCUGACAAGAAGGGCGAGGUCAAACCGACAAGGAUUCAUAUCCAGCAGUUCUCAAAGCUGUGGUCUUUUGAUUCCAAUGCUUUGCUGGAGGAGGGUGAUGGUGGCAAAGGCGGUGGUGGUGGUAAUGUCAAGGCCAAGUUUGAGAACCCCAGUGAUUGGAACAAGAAUGUUUCGUUCUUGUCGUCGAGACAGUUUGCGAUUGUUGGGCAGGCAGGGGAGAGCCAUAUCACCGCCUUUGAAGUCAAUGGAACCUCGGGACAGAUCUUCCCAGCCCACAGCAUGGAGAAACUUGUUGACAUCAGGCAACCACAACCUGUCAAAAUGAACAACAUCACGAUCUCUCCUGUUGCGAUACCCGUUCAUAUGGGCACCACCGCCUUUAUCCUCGACCAGGCAAAGGACGGUUCGGUUGUUAUCUACACAAUCACCCCAGAGAUGUCCUCAGACUUGACCCUCAUCCAAGCUUCGCCGUCAAGUCUAGUCCCGCGGUUCAAUGAAUACAUGGUGGCCACAGCUACUCCAACGGCGUCUCAGAUCAUUGUCUAUUCUGUGCAGGACGGUGUCCCUCGUUUCAACAGCUUUGAUUUGACUGCCAAAUCCUGGUCGGGACCUGCCUUGGUCACUCAAUCAAUGCCAAUACCCCCGACGAUGACAACACCUGGUGAUGGCAGCAGCGGUGGGCAUGAAGGCAACAACGGGAUCGAUAGCGGGAGUAUCACGGACGGGAAACCGAGUGGAGCCGUUAUUGGAGGCGCGAUCGCAGGAGGAAUGAUCUUUGGUAUCCUGGUAGGACUCUUCAUCGUUCAACGGAAACGGAGGCGCGGUCGUGAUAGUCGGAAACGUGUCAUAACCAAAGAUGGAGCACCAAGUGGACCAGAGGGUGCGGAGGAGAAUAUGCCAGCAUUGUCGGAUUACCAACAGGAUCUAUCAGCACCACCACCACCACCACAUCUCUUCGAAUCGUCAGGAUCCUUCACUACCCUAUCUUCGUCCACCAUGCCUUUGACUUAUAUCCCUCCUAGACCUAUAUUAGCGCCACCGCAACCACCUCUGCUCAACCAAUGUCCAACAGUGCACCCACCUUCUAUUCCACCACGCCCCCAGCAACCACAGCCACACCAACAACAGCAACAACAGCAGCGACAACAACACCGACCGCGACGUGGUUUCUCCGUCCAAGAUAUCGAGGUCAUUUCAUUCCCCUCCAUCCACGAGAAACACAAAUACGAGCAAGAACAGGAGCAGAAACGUCUUCAACGGGAACAGGAACGACAACAACGCUCACACUCAUCUCAACUGUACAGCACAGGACGCUCCUUCUCAGACUCUGACAUCUACCAAGCCUACCCUGUCCCGACUACUAUUGUCGCCUCUGGAGAUAAUACUAACAACAGAGAUAGUAGUAAUGAUGGAAGUGAAGCGGAACCAUAUACCCUUCCGGCGCCCUUUGUUGUGGCGCCUACACCACGACCUCACAAGACAGAGCUCCUAGAAUGA